CUUAUAAUCACGUAUUAUGUGCAGCUGCUCUCUAUUCAUGCUAUAGCAUUAUCCGUCCCGGACAGUGCUGCCUCGCCUAGAAAGCGCCUCACCACCCUUUUCUUGCGUGACGACAGUUCUGCUGAACGGUCGGCUCAGUCGGCCAUGGCUUACUCUCCUGCUCCUACUUCUCCUGGUCCUUCAGGCGUUGCUCCCAUGAUGUCCAACGGUUUGCACUCUAGGGGCCGUUCGGUCAGCCCUCCAACUGGCGUACCACUUUCGAAGCGGGACAAGCGGCGCAGUGCACUGCAAGAACGUCUUCACGACCUUACGGCCUCCUUCAGCCAGAAUCGCGAUACUCAAUUUCGCCAACAAUUGCACGCUCUUCAAUGUGACAUGACCCUCAUCAACAAUGCCGAUCCCUAUAACCCGGGCCCGAUCCCCGAUUCGGCCGAGGAGAUUGCCCAGUUGAUUGAAAGCACGGUUGGCGGCGGCCAGUUUGCUAGAGAAAUGGCUAGCUUAGCGGGUAUGUGGUAUGCUCGAUUUGUGCAGGAGGUCAAUCAGGUCAAGGCGGAGAGAGAUGCUGACCUGGCUAUGCUGGUCCACCGCCAUAAUAACAAUCUGGAGAGAUUCCAGCGAGAAUAUGCGUUUCGCGCCCAUUUUGCGGAAGAAGAAUAUAAUAACCUCUCAGCGACUCUCCGGGAGCGCCUUGUGCAGACGCUGUCAGGCAAACGGGCUCGCCUUAUGAGGGAAAAAGAACAGCUUGAUAUCGUGGACACCAAUGCCCUACUCCUCCAUCCCAACCAAUUUAGCAUCACGAAUCCCGCUAGUCCUGGUGGUAUUCACGGCAAUCGCAAAACUAGACAUACUCGCCAUCGGGUGGAUUUGGAUGAGUUAGGCAAUGGUAUCAUGACUGAACAUUUGAAUAAGAGAAAGAGGAAAGCUCCGGAGGAAGAUGUUGGGUCACCGGUUCGGGAGACUCCGGCAGAGCGCGCGAAAGCCCAGGUAGCCCAGCAGCAACUUGCGCCAACAUACUCUAUUCAGUCACUCUUCACGGAGAAAGAGCUCAGUGCGCACGCUAACCAGGCACAUAUUGCCACCGUUCAUUUCUUCUCUACAUCCAAGCGCGCCGAUCAACCCUCAGGCGCAGUGACAAAUGGAAACAACACAGACGCGGAAGAGGCAUCAGGUGUGGAUGGCACCGGUGCAGAGGACAACGGUACCCCUGCUACUGACAUGGCGCGGACCGCGAGCCAGAAUUUCCAUGCUACUCGGUCGACCCGAACACAUGGCAAUCAUGCCCUGAAUCCGUUGGCUGAGCUUUCCGACAAACCAGCUGUUCGUCCGAAUUUGCCAUACAAUAUUUUAGCCAACUACCACGCCCGACCGAGCAACAGUGGUGCCCCACCAUUGCCCCCGCUCAUGAACGAGGAGGUGGACGACGAUUGGAAUCGCAUGGACAAGAUGGCGAGCAAGCCCCCGGGACAUGUUGACAGAAACCUUAUCCAGCUCCUCGUCGAGCAGACUCCAGCGGAGAUCAAUGGGAUCCCACAAAACCCGAAUCGAUUCAGCCUCCUCCAUCCCGACUUUCCCACUGAAGUUGGCAUGCAUCUGUACCCCCUCCGAAAAGACGGCGAGAGCAACGAGCGCGCCAAGAAACCGAGGACUGGAUGA